UCAUCAACAUGAAAAUAUUAAUAUUGGUGCAUUAUUUUACGACGAUGAAUAUGAAAUUGAGGAAUCCUUUGUAACAACAAUAAAUUUAAUCAAUAAUAAAAAUGAAGUGAAUUUUAAAUUAAUACCGUUAAUUGAAAAACUUGACGAUGCGGAUAGUUCGGCAAUAUUAGAAACUAAAGCUAACAAACUUAUAGAAAAUGGUGCCGCAGUUAUUUUUGGACCAAGUUCAAAGGCAGACUGUGAUAUUGUCUCGCUUAUUUGUAAUGCCACCGGCAUACCGCACAUGCUCUUCGAUUAUCUAGCGGAAGAGAGUGAUCUCUCAAAAGUCAAUCAUCAAAUGACUCUCAAUGUUUUUCCCGCCCAGCCGGUGUUGUCUAAGGCCUAUGCUGAUAUUGUACAGAAUUAUGGCUGGAGAAAAUAUACCAUAGUCUAUGAUGAAGAUGAUGCCAGUGCACCGUUUCGUCUACAAGAUCUCAUCCAGCUAAGAGAUUUAAAUGAGAAAAUUGUUCGUGUUCGUACAUUUAAGAGAGGUGAAGAUUAUCGAAUUUUAUGGAAGAGCAUAAAAGGUGAAAGGCGUAUAAUUUUGGAUUGUCCGCCUGAUAUGUUGGUGGAGCUGCUCAAUUCAUCGAUUCCAUUUGGUAUGACGGCACAAUUUAAU